AUGUCAGCGUCUACAAAUAAGACUCCAGUUCACAAAGGCUCUCUCGUCAUCGAGCCAACGGGACCGCACAGGACAACCAUGAUAGUCCUCCACGGCCGUGGCUCCACCGCUGAUCGGUUCGCGGAACCCUUCUUGACGAGUCCAGUGUCGAAGCCCACAGCCUCAGAAACUUCAGAAGCAAACGCAGAGGACAGCAUGGUCUUCCAGGAUUACUUCCCCAGCACCAAGUUCGUUUUCCCUACUGCGCCGCUGCGCCGGGCAGUGGCAUUCAAUCGAAGCCUUACCCACCAGUGGUUCGACCAUUGGUCACCGCAGCAUCCUGAAUUGAAGCAGCAUCUUCAAAUACCUGGAAUACGCGAGACAAGCACUUACUUGCAUAAAAUCAUACAACAGGAAAUUGACAUCAUCGGUGCACCCAAUUUCGUCCUUGCUGGCCUCAGUCAGGGCUGUGCGUCUAGCCUCGUAGCGACGCUAUUGUGGGAGGGGGAGCCUUUUGGGGCAGUGGUGGGAAUGUGCGGUUAUCUCCCAUUUGGAGAAGCAAUGGCCGAUGUUGUGAGAGACGAAGAAGAUGAAGAAAAUCCGUUCGCAGAAACGGAGGACGAAGUGAAGGGAAUAAUCGAGCAGGAAACUGAAGAGCCUGGGAACGACACCAAGUUUAAUAAAGCUGUUGCAUGGCUACGUACAGAGCUGGCAAUAGACAUGAAAGACGUACGGACUGGGCCGAUGCCCAUGCAAACGAUACCUAUCUUCAUGGGACACGGAACGGGGGAC